CGAAGAAGAAAACCUAACAGCGAUUCCCUCUCAGUGAAAAUGGCGCUGUGCGAAGCCGAAGCUUGAAGUUCUUUUGGAAGCAGCGCAAGCAGCCCAGCGAAUUAGGUGUGGGAUUCGUGCCGAGCCGAUUAUGACGGACUAUCACCGGGACAUUCGCCAAGGUUAACGAAACAUUCGUGGGUUCCCGAUCAAAGCAGACUACACGCCAGGCAGUGAGCGAUGCAUGCACUAUCGGCACAGGUCACUAGCAGCCUGCUGCCUUUCCCUGCAGUGACCCUCGAGGCUCUGGGAGAAGACGAGAUCACUCUGGACUCUGUGCUUCAUGGCAGGUUUACGACUGGCCGUGGAGGACAUGCUUGGCUUGCCUGUGGCCCCCACCUGGAGUUUCUCCAUUCGCUGACUGGGGAACGUCUGUCUGCAUACUGCUUCAGCGGUGGAGGGGAGCACCCGCCUGGUGUCCUCACAGCGAGGGACUUCAGCUGGCUCAAAAGGUCUGGAUUGCUGGUGGGCUUGGAGGAAACAGAAGGCAGUGUACUAUGUCUUUAUGACUUGGGACUGUCAAAGGUGGCCAAAGCUGUACUUAUACCAGGAAGGAUAACAGGCAUUGAACCUUUAGUGAGUUAUGGUGGCGCCAGCACCUCAACCCAACACCUUCACCAGAGUCUUCGCUGGUUCUUUGGCAUUGCCGCCAUAGUAACAGACCUGGGUCAUGUUCUGCUGGUGGACCUCUGUCUGGAUGAUUUGUCUUGUAGCCAGAGUGAGCUGGAGGCCUCAGACUUGCAAGUGGUGACCAAAUCUCCUGGUGCAAUUCCCAGACUCAGGGAGGAAAGCAGCAGAGAGGGCAGACAUCUUUGCCUCCAACUCAAUGAGCCCAGUGGUGUUUCAGUCACAGCUCUGCAGUACAUCCCCAGAACCAACCAACUGGCCGUGGGCUUCGCCGAUGGCUAUUUGCAGCUUUGGAACUUGAAGUCUCUUAGAAAAGAAUACCACUCCCAGUUAGAUGGUGGCAGGGUGCCUGUGCAUGCCUUCACCUUCCAGGAGCCUGAAAAUGACCCCAGGAACUGCUGCUAUCUCUGGGCUGUGCAGUCUACUCAGGAUCAAGAAGGAGAUAUGGUCACUCUCCGCCUGCUUCAACUGGCCUACAGUGAGCGCAAGUGUCUAGCCUCAGGGAAGAUCCUCUAUGAGGGUCUAGAGUACUGCGAGGAGCGUUACAGUCAGGAGCUGAGUGGUGCAGCUUUCCCUCUGAGGGCAGAGACCACCAACACCCGCCUGCUGAGCUACCAGACCAUUGAGAAAUACCGACCCCACCCUGACCGGGAUGACAGCAUGAAUGAAGCUGCAUCCCCAGAUACAAGCGUGUCCAUCUUCAGCUGGCAAGUCAAGACCUACGGUCAAGGAACACCAUCAACCUACAUCGGAAUUUUUGACAUCAACCGCUGGUACCAUGCACAGAUGCCAGACUCAUUAAGAGCGGGCGAGUCUCUGCAGAACUGUUCGUACAUUGCCGUGUGGUGUCUGGACCAAGUGAUGCAGAUGACUUCUCCGCACAUCCUGCUGGAUGUGGUGGUACAGGAGCACAGUCUCAGCCGAGGCCUGCCCUUAACUUUCCCACCACCAGAACAGUACUUUAAUCCAACCGCAUAUAACUUUGACGCUACUUGCUUAUUCAACACUGGAAUUAUGCAUACAACAUGCUCCGGAUAUCAGAAACAGACCCUGAGCUUUUUGAAGAAAGCUGCUCCUUGCUCUAGUGAUGUCAUUUCCAGCAGUUACUUGCGCUGCCUAAUGUCUGGCUUGUUGUCAUCUCGCCUGGCUGAUGCACACAACUCUAGCAUCUCCCAGGAGGAGCAGCUGGAUGCGAUCCUGUCAACUGCCGUAGAGACCAGCUCUUUGGGACUGAUUACUGGUUGCAUCAAGCAGUGGACUGCUGAGGAACAGCCAGGCUCUGCAUUGAACCUGCGCUAUAUCUUGGAUUGGGCUUGGAACAAAGUGAUCCAAACCAAGGAAGAACUGGAUGGCAUUUGUACUCCACUGUUCGACAGCUCCUCCAAUUUCACAGACCCUCAGACCAUGCAGCUGCUGCAGCACAGCCAGCAACUGCUGGAGAACCUCAGCACCAUCUUCCACUGUCUGCUCAAUGAGGCCCAGGAGCUAACACAGAAAGGUCUAGUUGGUCUGAUCAACAAAAACAUGGUGUCCAGUCUGAUUUCCAAGUAUGCACAAGUCAUCCUCUGGUUCUGUCGCACUGGCCUGCUGCCUGAGGGAUCAGAUGUAGAUGCCGUGCAGAUCUCCAGGCCUUUCUACAGUCACUCUGUCAUCAGCAACUAUUACUCUAUUCGUAGAGAGGAGCUCACCACAAUGGCAAAGGGCAAGUGGUGUGCAGAUUGCCUGAUGAUUGACAGUUUGGUCAAUCAGUGUGGAGAACGCUUAAUCAGUCUGUGGAAAAGGGAUGAUGUUGGCACAGGACAGUACCCACCGCCUACCCUACAUGCUCUGCUAGAUAUUUAUCUUCUGGAAAAUGUUGAAGAAGCUGUAAAACAUGCUGUUGUAAUCUACCUGUUGUUGGAUGUUAUGUGCUCCUUCCCAAAUAAGGAGGGAGCAUCCGUGGAGUCUUUUCCCCAUGCUUUCGCCAUCCCCACCGGACUGGUCAAACUGGUCCAAGGCCUGUGGUUGUUGGAUCAUCGUGACCAUCAGAGUGCAUUCGAGGUGCUCCUCCAUCCGGCGGCAUCUCAAUGUCACUUUGAGUGGCAGCAUGAACGUGUCCUUCAAGCGCUGAUGUGCCAGGGCCAACACUCGAUGGCACUGCGCUACUUUCAUGUUACAAAGCCUCUGAUUUCCUCCACUUCCCAGGCCAAGCUCUGCCUCUCUGUAUUGCUACAUAACAGAUGUCUAACCGAGGCGUGGUUGGUGCUACGGCAACACUCAAAUCAUCUCAACACGGCAGAGCUGCUGGGAUUCCUAUACGAGAGCUGCCAGGAGCUGGGCCUCAUUAAAGAGCUGCUCAAGCUGCCUCUGGGACACACUGAGCAGGAGACUUUGGAAACGUUCCUUCAAGGUACAGGUGGUCUUCACAACAGAGAAAUACUCAUGGUUCAUUAUCUUCAGCAAGCCAACUACAUACCUGCCUUGCAACUAAACCACAGCCUCAAAAUGCACCUUGUGAACGAGCGAGACCCAAAACUUAAAGAGCGUUCCAACACACGCAACUCUAUUUUAGAACAGUAUGGCAAAGUUCUGCCCAGAGUGCAGAGGAAACUGGCAAUGGAGAGAGCCAGACCCUACCAACAUCCCAGCACUGUCCACAAAGAAGUGACUCGGCCGCAGCCACUGUCAGCCAUUAGCAAGCGUUCUGCCAAUGAGAAGGUAAUGUCCAGGGCAGGCUUCAUCAACAAUGUUCUGACCAAGAUUGAGGAGGUGUGGUUGGACAAAGGAGAUACACCAAACUCCUCCUCUCUUAGGAGUCCAAGGUCAGCUGGGUUCCUGAGUCCUGGGCUCAAGACUGCAUCUCAAGCCCAACCACAACCUUUCUUAGGAACGCCAGUCACGAUGAGCUCUAAAAGAAAAUCAAGACUAAUAGACCUGAUGGUUCAUCCCUCCGUUCACAUGCCUUGGCCUCUGAUCAGUCCAGCCAGACCCUCAAGUGUUUGGGUUUCUCCAAAAAGCACCUUUAAGGCCCCUGAAUUCAGGCUGUUGCAAACGCCACAGGUUGUCAAGCGAGCUCGUUCCUUGGCUGCUUCAGGCUCUGUUUUUACAGCCUUCACCCCUCAGUCCAUCCUACGCAGCAGCCUGAGGCCCACUCCUGUGGCCACGCCCUCCGCGUCUCCUGGGCGCUCCAUCACACCUUCACUCCGCAGCAAAGAGAGUAGGAUCAUCUUUACUGAACUGGUGGAAUCUCCUGAAUCCCAAAAGGACAUUCCCUGGACCAAUGGCAUGGCAGCAGACAGUGAAAUUAGCUUACUAACUAGUCAAACCAGGCUGUCUCAAACACGUAACACCUGGUCCUCACAACUUUCCGAAGAUAAGGAAGCGGAGCAGCCCCAUGUGAAGUUCAUCACUCCCGAAGGUGGCAUUCCCUCACCCCAGUUGAGAUGCUCUGCCAGGCAGUCAUUCUUAGCAGAAACAACAAAACCAUCAGACCCGACACAAACUCGACUUAGUUUGAGUUUUGACUCCAGACAGACAUCCUUCCGGUCGACAGACACCACUCUGGAGUACUAUGAUGCUCCUCUCUCAAGGGAUCAACAAGAGGAAGAAGAGCAUAUCUGUGCAGACAAGGGAGAUGAUGUAGUGACAGUGAACAUCAAGUUCCCAACUGAUGAAGCAGAGCCAGAGCAAAACUCAUUACCAACAUCUGAGCCAGCCCCUCUACUGGUGCCAAAUGAUGCUGAAAGUGAGGACCAGGAAGAUGAGAUAUUUGAAGAAGUGAUGGCGAUCGCAGUGGAACAAGAGGAUAAAAACGAAGAACCAGUCAAUGAGUCAAAUAGCAAGCAAGAAAAUGCUGUAGUUAUUGACUUAGUGGAAGCUUCCAGUCACGGUGAUCGUCUGUUGAUCCUCGAGGAACAAUCGCUGCCACUAAUCAAUGAGGAGGACCCACCCCAGUCAGAGGUCAUGGAAUCCACAGCCUUCAUUGCGCACAUAAAUGAAUGUAGAUUUGCUGAAUCCGAAGCAUCCACUCACCAUUUGAAUGCAUGUCAAGACACUGAAGCCGCAAACUUCAUUGAGCACAUGAAUGUAUGUAGAGAAAAUGAAUCAACGACAAUGAUCCCUGAGCAUUUGAAAGCACCUGAAGACACUGAUGCUAAAAUUGAACUAGCAGAAAAUAUGGAGCAAUCUACAGAUUUGACCGAGUUUGUGCAGCGACAUUUGUUUGGCAGCGACCUGUCUCCUCCACUGACCCACUCUGGAGUCCAUGACCGUUUAUUAACAACCCCCAGCACUGAGGUGCCAGUUGAUGUCGAAGAGGACGAUAAGGCUGUUUCUGAAGUUCCACCUGAGCUCAUUAGCCAAAAAUCUACGGUCUCUGUCACCUCAUCAGAGCCGACUGGCGCAGACUCCCACGGUGAAGAAGAUCUGACCGACUUUGUACAGCGACAUUUGUUUGUCGGCGACCUGUCUCCUCCUCUGGCCCGCUCCGGUAUCCAUGAGUUUCCACAGACAACCCCCAGCAAUGAGGCUCCAGCUGAUGUCGAAAAAGACGAUGAGGCUGCUGCCGAAGCACCACCUGUGUUCACCAGCCAAAAAUCCACCGCUUCUGUGACGUCCUCUGAGCCCACCGGCACCGACUCUCACUGUGAAGAAGACCCACACACUUUUUCAAUCGCUCAAUUAAAUUUAUUUGCACGUUCACAUGCUUUACACUUUUUUACUUGUCCUUCAGCUGCUAUGAGUGUCAACGAUGAUAGCGAAGAACUUUCCAGCGCUGAGUCUCAAGAAGAUGAUGAAGAAGAAGAAGAAGAAGAAGAAGAGGAAGAAGAAGAAGAUGACGGGGAGGAGGUGGAAUCUGAUGAAUGUAAUGAGGAAGAGGACUCUGGCAGUGAAGUAGAAAUCAUUGAAGAGGUCCAGGGUAACGGAGGCCUGCGUGGCCUUCCACCCAGCUCUGUCUUUUUACAUCAAGAGCACGAUCACUUCUUACCAGCCUUGUCAGAGCAGGAGGCUGCAGAGUUUUCACUCAUACCGCCAGGUGUCGAAAUGAAGGUGGUUGGAGAGGAGAUGGGAGGAGAGGUAUUGAUGGUGAGACUCGGCGCUGAUACAGGGGUGAUGGAAGCGCUCGAGGACGAUGGACAAGGUUCCUCUUACAUGGAGCUCAAACCUUCAGCCACUCUUCUGGUCCCUCUUGAGAUCAUGGACGGACAACAGGACACGAGUGACAGCGCCUCACUUGGACAGCCUGAGAUUCAACAAACCGUUGUGCUGGAUGACCAGAGGUCCGAAAGUCAAAGCCAUUUCUCUCUAUUGCUGGAUGUGGAAGAAGAUGCAAAUGUGUCGCCAAUUGAGGAUGAUCCUCAGUCAUCCCAACCGUCUUCUCAAAAUUUGAUAUCAGUGACUACUGAUGGCCCUGCAACAGAAGCAAGUAUUGUUCUUUUACAUGAAAAAGACCAGGAUGCUAUUGGUAGUGAUGAUGGAACACAAGACGAUGAACAGAUGGAAAUUAGGCCUGUGGAUGAGAAUAAGACCAAUGGGCAAACUAACCUCCAGAUCAAUUACACCGAGGUAGAACAGAAUGUGGAAGAACCUCACAAGCUUUUAGAAGUUCUUGAACCUACCACCAUAACAGACUCUGAGCAUGCUCCAGAGAAGGAACCUGCUGAAACUUUGGAGGUAAAGGAUCGUAUAGAUUCUGAGGUAACCAAAGAUUUAGAGGAGAUGCAAGGCGAAGCUGAGAAUGUGCAGGACGACAGUAAUACCAGCAAUCAUGCAGAAACUCUUAGUUUUGUGGAGGAACAGCACCAGGAACUGGACUACAUAUCUUUAAAAAACAACCUGGAUGACAGGCAAGAAGGUCCAAGCAAGACCACCACGAAUGAAACAAGAAGUGAAGAUGUUGAAGAGGCAAAAGAUGUACAGCGAAAUGCAAGUUCUGCCACCAAAUCUGAACAAUGUAGAGUCCCAGAGACACCAACUUCUCAGAAAAAGAAAAGUGCUCAGUUUACCCCAAAGCAGAUGACGACACGAGUGAGUAGAACUGUCACCUUUGUCUCAUCCCUCUCGGAGGAACCAGAGGACACCGACAAGCACCCUCUAGUAAUCUCGGCCUCGCACAGUCGUACACCUAGAAAAGCUAAACAAAGCAAACAAACCAAAGAACGAGUCGUCACACCAAGGAGAAGCACACGCAAAACACAAGCUGAACUUACUCAAAUCAAGGAGGAAAUUUCUGAGAAGGUCAAUCGGGAGGAAGAUGUGGAUAAUGCUUCUGUAGCUCACAGUACCUCUGUUGGUUCUCCAUCCAAACGACAGGCUUCUCAGAGAGAUGCUUCUUUAAGAAUCAGACAAACGAGUGAAAUCAAAAAAGAGCCUGUCGUUGUCAUCAAGGUAGAAGAGGUCAUUAAUAAAAGCCUUGUUUCAGAACCAACAACCAGGACUUCCACCCCGGCCAAACGCAGGAACACUCAGGCAAUCACUCCAAGGAGGUCCAGCCGCAGAAACCUUAACAACAGUGAGGUGUUGCCCCCAACUUUGGAGGUCUUGGAAGAGAAGGAGGAGUUUUCGGCCCCAAUUGUCAAACGCAGUAACAGAAAGACAAAACUCAAACCAUCAAAGGACAACAGAAAUUCAAGCCCUGGUCGGACCACGCGUCAAUCCAGUCGUAUCGCUUUGAAUGUCGAUCAACAGACUGUAGCAAGGACGGAAGCGAGCAUCAGUGAAAAAGGUGAUUUGCAUGAGACUAAGCUGAACAGCACCUUGAGUCACACAAGCCUGCGGCGGACAACUAGGGGUAAACUGUGGGACCACCCAGAGGAGGACCUCUUCGUACUGACUUCGCCUCUAGAAGUGGAUUCUGAUACUCCUGUAGCAGACGCUCUGAUAAAGAGGCUCCAGGAUGAGGAGGAGAAGCGGGAAGGAGGAGUCGUCAGAAGGAUGUUGAGGACCAGGGGUGCUAAAUCAGUAGUGAAGUCUGACAAUGAUGGCUUGGUGGCAGAACCUGCAGAUGACAUCAGCCCAGGAGAGCUUUCAUACAUCUUCUCUCCCUCACGGAGGAGAACAAGAGCCAGCAGAGCAGAGUCUCCAGGCCUCAGUAAAGAGCUUCCAUUGGCCGUCCCUCGCAACAAUGGACGAAAAGUAAAAUUUUUUCCUAAGGAAGAACUUACUUCAGAAGAAGACCACGUAGAAGAGGGGAAAGCAGUUUCUAAACGUAGAACUGGAAGACGAGCGGCUAAAUCCAACGCCGCCUCAGAGCCAGCCACCGUAGUCCAAGCAGACGUGAUCUCACCGAUGCCCAGCCCAGCUGAUACUGUCCCACGACCACAGAAGAGAAUCAAGGAAGCAAACGCUCGGACCUCGGGCAUGAACCUCCGACGUAAACGCAUAAUGGAAACUGUUUUCACCAGGCCUGUCACCAGAAGGAAGAAGCUCUGAGGGAAGAGAAGAGGAAGGCUGUCCAAUCAAAGUGUGUGUUUAAAGUUAAGCAUCAAAGCCGUCUACAAGAUGGCAGAAUACAAGCAACGUGGACAGGUGUGGAAAAAGACAUACCAGAGCUCGUAGUCUGGUGGAGCAACAGAACAAAAAUAAAACACUUUUCAGACGCUCCCUUGAAAAGAAUCAGAGAAGAAAGUAAACCCACCUCUUAUCGUAGAGGCUGUAUUUACGUUCUCUUUUUAAGAUUGUGUUCUUAAUCUUACCAUUUUGGAAAACUGCUGGUCAAGCAUCCACUAUUUCUAACAAAUUGUAAAUAAUUAUUUUUUUCUUUCUUUUUUGCCAAAUAAAGUUAAUGAAACGCAGAUUUGGAAGUUUUAUGGUUCACUGCUCUAGUCUUAAGUUUUAAUUUUAUGGAUGAGGCACAUGAUGUUGAUGUGGUGCCAAAAUGUUUACUGGAAAUAUUGUACAGUAUGCAAAAGAGAAUAACCAUUUGGAUUUGUUUGACUUGUGGGACAUGUUAAUUGACGUGUUCAUCGUAUGACUGAUUCAUAGGCUAUUUUCUAUUGAAUGAUGUCUUAUUUUUGAUGACUGCUCUUUGAUAAAUGCAGUAAAGAUUGAACCAUUGCACUGCU